AUGCCACACCAGAGUGUAUCGUCCAAUGGUGAGAUCCGAUCAGACGAAGUUCUGAGAAUUGACGAUUUUGUCAAUGAGAUCUACGAAGAUCUCCUGUUUUGGGUCACCGAGGGCGUCUGUUUCGAGCUGCACCACAUGAGCCAGAAUGGCAUUUUGUUCGCGAAAGAAGAAACUCAUCCGUACGCUCCGGUCGACGUGAUAAAUGAACCCGAUUUGGACAUUUUCGGUAAACAGGUGAAAAUGUACGGUAACUAUGAAACUACGUGUCCUUGCUGUCAGCGAACCAUGGGCGCCGUGAGACUCGCCCCGCAUCUGGAGAAGUGCAUGGGCAUGGGACGGAUAAGUUCCCGAGUAGCAAGUCGGCGCAUCGCAAUAACGGAGAGAUCCGACGAGCCUGCCACGGCCGAAGACGAAGCCGACGAUGACUGGAGUUGGGAGCGCCGACGGAAAAAGAAGGACCGGAACUCUCCCGGAAGAUCAUCGAGGAAAAAACACAGACGUCCGCUGAAAACUCAGGAGCGUAAAGAUAAGCGGACAACAGCGAUGAUGACGCCGACGACAACAACUACAGUGCCGGUAACGACGACGACGACGGCACCUCCGACAAAAGAUGAAAUUAUCGACGUCGAUAGUUUGGAAGGUAAUCUUGGAAACCUGUCCUACCUCGACAGUAAUCCGGACUCGAGCCAGGCGACGAGCUCGCAGAUGGAAGAUUAG